AUGGCUUUGGUUAUGGACAAUGGGACUCAAUUCACAAGUAAUAUCACCAGAGAAUUUUGUGCAGAUAUGGGAAUUGAAAUGAGGUUUGCUUCAGUAGAACAUCCACAGACAAAUGGACAGGCCGAAUCAGCCAACAAGGUUAUUUUAAAAGGCUUAAAGAAUAAGUUGGAUGAGGCGAAAGGUCUUUGGGCGGAGGAGCUACCAGGCGUCCUAUGGGCAUAUAACACAACUGAGCAGACAAGCACGAAGGAAACUCCAUAUCGUUUGACUUAUGGAACUGAUGCAAUGCUCCCUGUUGAAAUUGAGAAUCAAAGUUGGCGAGCAACUCGGUUUAAUGAGGAAAACAAUGGGGAAAACUUGAUAGCAAGUUUAAUCAUGCUGCCUGAGGAACAACGGGAGGCACAACUAAGGAAUGAGGUGGGGAAAGUCAAAGUUGCCAGAAAAUUUGCAACAAAAGUUUUUAAUGAGGCGGCAUAUGUAAAGAAUGAAGGGGCAAUUGCUCCCAAUUAUGAAAAAUGA